GGAUCAAAGGGACUAAAUUAGGGAAGUUAAAGGUUCAAAUUGACCUUGUUGUCUUAAAAUAUAUGCAAAAAUAACCUUCUGUUUCUGCUGGCUCGCCCAACAGGCCUCUCGUCAUCGUCUUCGUACAAAUCGCCUCUCCCCACCAUUUCAUAGUUCCCUUCUCCUUUAUUCAUCUCAUCUCCCAAUCCAAGCAGCUGAAAACAGCAGCAGUAGCAUCGCCAUUUCCCCAAUUACAGUCGAGUCGAGGCAUUUCUCCCCUCUCUCUCGCAGGUAAACACUUUGCUCUCUUCGUCUCCCCUUUGGAAUCUCUUCCUUUCUACCCCCAAUUCGUGAUCCAUUCUUAUUUCUUCUGGUAGCCAUCAAGCAAAGGGUUUCCCCGGUACCAGUUGCAGCCACCGAGCUGCAUCCCCAGCUAUGUGAAAUCUGAUUUUUUUCCUCCUCGUGUUUUCAGAUGGCGUCCAACGUUAUCUCUGCUGCAGCUUCUGCAUCUCCUUCGGCUUGCCCUGUCACUGACCUUCUCAAGGGGAAGGCAAAACUUGGGAGUGGCAAUGUCGGUUCUUUGUUUAUCAAGGACAAAGGCAAUCCCUUUCUGAACUCAAAGUCUUGUGGGAGGAUUAGUAUGGCUGUUGCUGUCAAUGUCUCACGUUUUGAAGCCAUUACUAUGGCUCCACCCGACCCCAUUUUGGGAGUUUCAGAAGCUUUUAAGGCGGACAAUGAUGAAAAGAAACUCAACCUUGGAGUUGGUGCUUAUAGAACUGAAGAGCUACAGCCUUAUGUGCUUGAUGUUGUUAAGAAGGCGGAGAAUCUUAUGCUGGAGAGGGGAGAAAAUAAAGAGUAUCUGCCCAUUGAGGGGUUAGCGGCAUUCAAUAAGGCGACUGCAGAGCUGUUGUUUGGAGCUGACAGCCCCGUGAUCAGUGAACAAAGAGUUGCCACAAUUCAAGGUCUCUCCGGAACUGGAUCCUUACGGCUAGCUGCAGUUUUAAUCGAACGAUACUUCCCGGGUGCAAAAGUUUUGAUUUCCUCUCCAACUUGGGGCAAUCACAAGAAUAUUUUCAAUGAUGCUAGAGUUCCAUGGUCCGAGUACAGAUAUUAUGACCCAAAGACAGUUGGUCUGGAUUUUGAGGGCAUGAUAGAGGACAUAAAGGCCGCUCCUGAAGGAUCAUUUGUGUUACUUCAUGGUUGUGCUCACAACCCAACUGGCAUUGAUCCAACCCCUGAACAGUGGGAGAAAAUUGCAGAUGUUAUUCAGGAGAAGAACCAUAUCCCCUUCUUUGAUGUUGCAUAUCAGGGAUUUGCUAGUGGGAGCCUUGAUCAAGAUGCAGCAUCAGUAAGACUAUUUGCUGCUCGUGGCAUGGAAAUUUUUGUUGCUCAGUCAUACAGCAAAAAUCUGGGCCUCUACUCCGAGAGAAUUGGUGCUAUCAACGUCGUCUGCUCAUCUUCGGAUACUGCGGCAAGGGUUAAGAGCCAGCUGAAGAGAAUCGCCAGGCCAAUGUACUCAAACCCUCCAAUUCACGGGGCUAGAAUUGUUGCCAAUGUCGUUGGAGAUCCAGCUCUCUUUGGUGAAUGGAAGGCUGAGAUGGAGAUGAUGGCUGGGAGGAUUAAGGGAGUAAGACAGAAGCUCUACGACAGCCUGACCUCAAAGGACAAGAGUGGAAAGGAUUGGUCUUUCAUACUUAAGCAGAUUGGCAUGUUCUCAUUCACUGGCUUGAACAAAAAUCAGAGCGACAAUAUGACGAAUAAGUGGCAUGUGUACAUGACAAAAGAUGGGAGGAUUUCAUUAGCUGGACUGAACUUGGCCAAGUGCGAGUACCUUGCAGACGCCAUUAUUGACUCAUACCAUAAUGUCAGCUAAAUCUCUGUGCAUUCAUCAUCAUGCCACAGACGGUAGAACCGUAGAGGCCGACUAUUCAAGUCUUUUUCUUUGUUGAGUUGAUUCUACUGCGACCUGUAUGAUUUGGUUACUAAUAAUCCCUUUUUUCUCUCUACCACCAUGUAUCUGGUUGGUUGGGGAAGCCUAUUGUUACACCGGAUUUUUUCAGCCUAGUGUAGGAAAAGCUAUCUGUACCCAAGAGGAAAGGUAUUGGUUUCUUGUUUGUUUUAUCGACUUUAUUAUACGGCGGAGGCUUUGGUUAUAUAUAUGACAGAAUAAAAGUUUCUCAACUUCCACUGAAAAAGUGAAGACGUUGAGUAUUUGUUUUUCCCCUUGAAAACCUUGGGGUUGUCCAUUGUUGGAGUAUACGCUCAUUGGUUUCUUUGGCAAUGGUUUCUAAUAGACUAUUGAUUUAGAAACCAGUAGGUCGGACCGAAAAUAUUGAUAUCAAACUCAAAUUAGUGGAAAGUUUUAGUGAUAGUAAAAAAUUGAACUACGUUAAAUCAAGAGAUUAGCACAAAUACUCGUUGAUAAGAACCGAACCGGAUCAACGGCUAGGCCAGUAGAAUUGCCAAACCAAUUAUGAUAGCUGUUCGGUUCAUUGUUUGGACGGUUAUUGAUGGACCAAACGGUUUUUCAGUGCUCAACAUAAAAUCAUAUGAACCACCACGGUUUAACUGGUCCACUAGGUCACUAUUUUAACCACAAACAUUUUAAAAAAAAUUCUUUAACUAAAACUAAGACCAUCAACCAUAAUCUACUUCCUCUUUUCAUUUUCCAACCUUGUUGUCGACUUUACAUGAUUCACUAUCGACUAGGACCGUAAUUUUUAAUUUGAAUUAAAAACUUGUGAUUUGUUUUGUGAGACUGUUUGAAUGAUUUAUUAGAUAUUUUGGUGAUGAUAUGAAUUUGAAAUUGUUUAUGGUCAAUGAUAAUUUCAGUCUUAAAUUAGUGUAAUAUACAAGUCUUAUAUGUUACAUAUCAUGAACAGUUCUGUUAACGGUUAACCAAUGAUUUUGUAACGGUUAACCACUGAACCCUAAAUCAUCAACUUUUCCAGUUCAGCCUCCGGUCCGAUUCUGAAACAUAGCAAAAUACCCUACCAUUUUCCUUUAUGAUAUAACCUCAAAUACCAUCUCACAAUCGGUUUGCUUCCUCGCCUAAUCCUCAAGCAUCUCAAACCGUUGGUUAAUGAAUCUUAUCCUAUCACCUCCGAGAAACUGAUUUGGUGCUUCGAGCUCAAUGAUAUAUAGGUUUCAUGGUGUCAACCUUCCAACCCCUAAAAUGGUCAAUCAAACAAAAUAACCCUUACAUCUUCCCAUGAAGCUAGUUAAUCCAAUUGAGUGAAAUACAAUUAAUUCUUUAACGAACGAGCUCCUUCAAUUCAAGAAUAAAGAACCAUCACACAAAGCGACAACCCCAUUAAACCCUGACUUAGAAGUUAGAACGCCAAUUCAGUAAUUCGCCGAGGAUGAAGGACCAUCAAUGGAAAGUCAAGUACUCUGUACACAGAAAUAAAUUGGCUGCAAAUGUAGCUUUCUCAAUGAGCGUUCAAAAUUCUACAAAACGUGGAAGAAAAAUUCCCAAACGUGGAGGAACUCCUCUAACCCUACCAAAUCUCUACCCAAAAUGAACCAAAAGGGUAUUAAUAAAGAUUCAAGCUCGUU